GGCACGACCGGCCCCGCUGGGCUGUGGCGGCGGUACCGCGGGUGCGUGUCCCCGCCGUGCGGCUCGGGGUGGCGGCGGCCAGGCCUCAGCGCCUCCAUUCCGGGGGACCGCGGCCGCCCGGCGCGGGGCGGGGCCCGGCGGCGGUGAGGGCGGGCUCCGGGCUGCCGCCGCCCCCCGUCUCCGCUCGGCCUGGGCCCGGCGCAGGCCAUGGCGCUGGGCUCGGCUUGGAAGCAGAUGUCGUGGCUGUACUACCAGUACCUGCUGGUCACCGCGCUCUACAUGCUGGAGCCCUGGGAGCGCACCGUCUUCAAUUCCAUGCUAGUUUCCAUUGUUGGAAUGGCACUGUACACAGGCUAUGUGUUCAUGCCUCAGCACAUCAUGGCAAUAUUGCACUACUUUGAAAUUGUGCAGUGACGAAGAACGUGUCUGCAAGAAGUGAUCGGGCUUUGAAAUCUGGUCUAUAAAGAAGAAUGAACCUCUUAGUUUUAACAAGACUUCUACUGAUGGCAGAAAGACACAAUUACGACUCUGAAGACUAGGAAAUGAGAUAUGUAGAGCAGGGACGCGAGAUGUCCCCUAUGUUGUGUUCAUUCCUUUUAAUUUUACAAGAUACGCCCUUGUAUAGUAGUUUUGUCUACUUUAACAUUGUGAUUGUACUUUGAUAUCAGUAUUUUCUUAACUUUGUGACAGUUUCAAUAUUGCACUGUGAAAGCUUUUCUUAAUUGUAAUUUUGAGUAAAUCUUAAUUGCCUUCUAUUUUUAAUCGGAAAGUCAUCUUAUUAAAUGGGGCUUAAAGCUUUUGCUAUUGUAUGGUAUGUAUUUGCCUGGGCAUUUCUAUUAAUGCGUUUUGUAAGAAAAUACAUCUAGAUUCAUAUUAGAGACCUGGAUAUAUUCGUCUAACGCUAUUUACAAAGUUAGUUUGUAUGACUGAACUCAGGUGUACUGUUUGCUGUCCAAGCCUUGUUCAACAGUAUAUUUGUGCAUAUCACCUAAAUUUGGAAUUGGCAAUUAUUUCAAUUGUCUGUAUUCCACCUCUUGGAGGAGGGUGGGGGAGGUGAGGCAUUGAGGCAGAGUGAAGGCUGCAUUCCUUAUCUGUGGAGUAGUGUUGUGGUUCUGGGCUUCAUCUUGUGGAGGGGAAUGGGCUUUUCUUUACUGAUGUAGGCCCACAUAAGACUUUGGGAUAGCACUUUAAAUCGACCCUGUUUUUCUAGCUACCAGUUCAAUUGUACUUUUACAAGAUGCUUUCGUAGGUUCCAAUGGUUAUUGUUUUUGCUAAUUUUCACUCAACAGUGUAACUAUGGUUAGGUUUUACAGGGGUUUUCUAUUGCUGCUAGCAUUCCAAACAUGUUCUUGCUACAAACGACCAAAACAUAGGGGUUUAAAUGGACUUGAGUUACAACUACAGCAAUAAGUAGCUGAAUACUUGGCUGAAGUCCUGUCUUUUUUUUUUUAAUAGGGAUUUUUUUCAGUUUUGUAUUCUGAUAUGUAAGAUGGUGAUAACUUUCCUAAGUGGAGGAUUUUUUUUUUUGGUUGUUUAAAAAAUAAAAGCUUUAAAGCAGAACUUUGAUGUAAAACUUUAUUUGGGAAGUUAAUGUGUUUCUGAAUGCUGUUUGCUUUUCUCAGAACUUUCCAAAAGGGUAAAAAUUAUACUUGACCAAAGAAUUGUGAUUUUUUUAAUGGCCCAGUAAUAAUGGGUACUGUUAGAUCUUUUAUGCAACUUCUACUGAAAUCAGGAAUUAUACCCAAGUUAUACAACUCAACUGGUCUCUGAACAUGCUGUCUUUUAAUUUUCUCAGAUGCACGCUCAUGAGAAAAGGGUGUUUUCCUCCCCUGUAUUUAAGAACUUCAUGUGUAUUUGAUUAAAAACUCCGUUGUCAUCUUGGGAGCUAUAAACAACAGGGCUUAAACUUCUCAGCUGAACCCUAGCUUUACUGAAGUUGGUAGGAGUCUCCCACUAAAUUAGUGCCUUCCUUUAUUAAUACCUGGCUGUCUAAACAUAGGUAGGGUUUUGGGGUGGUGGUUUUUGGUUUUGUUUUCACGUCUCCAGAGUUGUAUGUGGGUAUUUUAAGUAUAUAUGGAGAUAAUGAUAAGUUAACAUACCCUCUUUGAAGUAAUGUAGCACAAAUUCCUGCUGUUCAUGGAUUAAGUCAUUACUGUUAUGUUUGUGGA